AUGGGCAACACACUCACCUCCGUGAGGACCGCCGUAGUGUCCCCCGGGUGGUACAUCCGGAAAACGAAGGCGACCCAGGUGACGCCCAUUGCCGGGCCGCCGGACGCGGUCCCGAAGCCCGGAGCGGAGCCCGCGCCGCCGAAUUUCGAAGCCCGACUGAAGGAAUGGGCGACCCCGGCGGAGCACGACCCUUCGUGGGACGAGCCGCGCGCGGAGGCGCACGCAACACAGGUGUCAACGGACUCCAUGGAGGCGCCGCUCCCGGGCGGCAAGGGCGGCGAGACGCGGCAGCGGGCCGAGGACCCCGCCGGGCUACCGUCCGACCUCAAUCACGCGCGGAGCCGCGGCCUCAUGCCGCUCUCCCGAGGCACAACUGUCGACAAGAGCUCCAGUGCGGGCUUCGAGGCGGAGAACGGGCCGGCGAGGCCCUCCGCGCCCGCGCACCUCCCGCCGCUGCCUCACCUGAGAGCACGGCCGCGAGGUGACAGCGACAUGUCGUACGCCAGCGCCGCCCACGCGGGGCUGCGCCACGUCGUGCCACGCCCGCGGAGCACCUCUCGCCCGGCCGCGAACGCCGCGCUCGAGCACGCGAGCUACAGCGGGGCCGCCGACGCCGGCGCGGAGCGGCAUUCCUUCCACGCCGCGCACGAGAACGGCGGCGAGCGGCGGUUCUCGGCUCUUCCGCCCACGCCGCCGCGCCCCACGGGCCGGCUGUCCACGGGCACGCCGCCCGCGCACGGGCGCGCGCCGCCGGGCCUGCCGCCAAUCGCGCCCAAGGACGGGUCGCCGGUGCCCGUGAAGACGUCCUCGUUCAACCGCGGCAUGCUCGCGGCGCCGUCGAAAGUGAUACGGCAGGGCACGCUGGCGCGCGUGACGCGCACGCCGUCGCUGCAACGCAUUCCCUCGCACACCUCGAACACGCGCACCUCGAUCGACGACCGCGCGACGGCCGCCGAGCGCGACGCGCACGGCGGGGAGGACCAGCAGUGCCAGGCCGGUCUGACGCGCGGCGGAGGCGAUCUUUGCUUCACGCUCUACCUCCUCGCGAUGCUGGAGGACAAGAACGGCGAGCGGCUGGAGACGCGCAUCUCGAUGCUGUCGGCGCGCAUUUCCGAGUUCGCGGCGGGGUCGUCGCACCAACAGUCCCGGGGGGGGUCGCGCGCCGUCUCGCGCGUGCCGUCGCGGGCGGGCUCCCGCCGGUCGCUCGUGGGCCAGCAGCAGCACUCGCAGCGCAUGCUGCUCCAGAACAGCUCGGCGCGGCAGCUCGGCUCCGAGGGCGACGCGGACGACCCCCCGGGGCGCGCCCGCACCUCGAUGGAGGGGACCCUGACGCCGGAGCGCUCGCAGCUGCGGCACGCGGGGUCGUCGAUCCGACGGAACAUGGACGCGACCGGCGAGAGCGGCGACCAGGCGCUGCCGUUCAUGCCCAGGCUGGACGGUCCGGGCGGCCCGCCGUCGUCGGUUGGCGCAGGGUCCGUUCCGCGCGUGGUGAACAGGAUGUCGAUGGACUCGACGGGCCUCGGACUGGGGCUGCCGGGCGGGGCGCCGGCGCCGCCGGGGGGCGCCGCGAACCCCGCGAUUUCGAUGCUGCGGCAGCGCGUGAGCCGUCGCCAGAUGCAGCUGCCCUACACCGUCAAGCGGCGGAGCCAGAUCUCCAUGCGGGACGAGUACCCGCCGGGCAUGGACGGCGGGCCGUCGUCCGCGGCGAUGGUGCCGCCGACGGUCUCGCGGUUCGCGCGUCCGUCGAUGCUGGCACCUGUUGACGAGUCGGUGCGCGAGCAGGGGGAGGAUCCGUCGCGCGCGGCGCGCUCGCGGGUGUCGCGCGCGUCGCGGCUGUCGAGCGAGCGGCCGCCGAUGAGCCAGAUCUCCGAGAUCGGCCCGCCGGUGGGCGGCGGCACGGGCGUGCGGUCGCGGCCCGCGCCAAUGCCAGGGCGCGGCGCGGCGGCGGCGCGGCGGAUCUCUGGGUCGGACUCGCACAUCAGGAACGACGCGGGCGAGCGGGCGGGACCGGGGACGGCCGGCCCGGGCAGCGCGGACCUCGCACACUCGCGCUCGCAGGCAGAGGAGAGCGCGCGAGACUCAGAGCGCCCCGGCAUGCUGCGCAUGCCGCGGGACACCGACGAGCCGCCGCAGGACGAGGUCCACGCCGCGCCGCUGCACAAGACGAUGCCCGCCGGCACGUCCCUGUCCGCGGCGAUGGCGGGGGCGGCGCGGAGCAUGCAAGGCUCCGACACCAGCGGGCAGGACCGCAAGAGCUUCGGGUGGACGAUGGGCAACACGUUCGAGGACGCGCUGCGGCACCUGUCGCCGGCCGUGGCGCGCGAGGGCAGCGAGGCGGGCGUGGCGCACGCGAGCGCGCUGCAGUCAAACCCUAGCGCGAGCAGCAUGCAGUUGAGUUCGCUGCACCGCGGCGGGACGAUCUCGAAGCUCAAGGCGCGCGCGGCGCGCCGGAAGAGCCUCCUGAGCGACCAGGCCGCGAUGGACGCCGCGGCCGCCGCGGCGCGCGAGCGGCAGCUCCACGUGCAGUCGACGGCGGAGCGCGAAGUCAACGAAACGAAGACUCUGGCCAUCGGCGUGAUCGACGGCAAGCGCGCGGGCUUCUUCAACCAGUACGCGGUGCUCAAGACCAUCGGGUCCGGCGCGAACGGCGACGUGAAGCUCUGCAUGGACAUGUCGGAGCACCGCCUGGUGGCGGUGAAGCUGGUGAACAAGCGCCCGCCGGGGAUGGCUCCUCCGAAGCGCGCGUACGGGUGCCACACGAAGCAGGACAAGGCCGCGGUGCUGAAGCGCGAGGCGGAGGUGCUGACGCGGCUGGACCACCCCAACGUCGUCAAGGUGUACGAGGUGAUCGACGACAGCCACAUGCCGCACCUGCUGUGCGUGAUGGAGUUCAUCGAGGGCGGGCCGGUGCAGAUGAACUCGGAGGACGACGGCGCGGAGAUCCUCUCCGAGGCGACCGCGCGCGACUACUUCGCGCAGCUCCUGGACGCGCUCGACUUUCUGCACGAGGAGGGCGUCAUUCACGGCGACAUCAAGCCCGCGAACCUGCUGCUCGGCGCGGACGGCAACGUGCGGCUCGCGGACUUCGGGAGCGCGACGGUCCUGCAGCCCGGGCAGGAGGACCGUCUGCUCGCCGUCAAGGGCACGCCGGCGUUCCUCGCUCCGGAGAUCUGCAUGGGCGAGGAGUUCAGCGGGGCGGCCGCGGACGUCUGGGCCGCGGGCGUGACGCUGUACGUGAUGCUGUGCGGCGAGCUCCCCUUCGGCACGCGAUCGAUGACGAUGUUCCAAAUGUACGAUGCGAUCAUGGACGACGAUCUGAUCUUCCCAGAACACGUGGCGCUCAGCGAGAACGCCCGCGACCUGCUCACGUGGAUCCUCACGAAGGACCCCGCGCAGCGCCCGACGCUGUUCGACAUCAUCAUGCACCCCUGGCUCGGCGAGGGCGUCGAGGAGGGGGGGCUUGGGGAGGAGUUCGAGGAAGUCCCCCCCGCCGCGCCCGCACCCGCACCCGCGCCGGCCGCGAAGCCCAUCCUACGCUCGCAGUCGCUGCGCGUGUCCUCCACGGUCGGGAGACCCGAGAGCCCGCGCGCGGCCGGCGGGGACCGUCGCGAGAUGCGCCCGAGUCCCAGUUUUGUGCGCUUCCAAGACGGAACCGCGCCGGGCGACGCGACGCCGGAGCCGCAGGACGCGGCGCCCGGCCCGAUGGGGCGGCUGCCGUCGCUCGGGAAGGUGCCGCAGGCGCCUCCGCUGCAGUGGUCGGGCUCGGGCACGCAGGCGACGGGCGGCGCGGGACUUCGUCGCGCGGUGCUGCGGCGGACGAUGACGAUGGCGGCGGAGAACCCGCUCCCGACGGUCGAGGAGGACGAUUCCCCGCUGUCGACGCGCCCGAGCACCACGCUCGGCCGCACGAUGCCGGCUCGCGCGUCACUCGCAUCGCAGGUCUCCCAAGGCGGGCUCACGCGGCCGUCGACGGCGUCGCGGGCGGACGGGUCGUUCCACGGCGCGAUCGAGUACAUGAGGGAGAUGCUCGCGGACACGAUCCCGGAGCGGUCGUUCGCGGCGGGGGAGUUUUUGGCCAUGGAGGGCACGGACGGGGAGUCGAUGUUCUUCGUGGUGGAGGGGCACGUGGAGGUGCUCAAGUGGAUCGCGGACGAAGACGGCGAGGACGACGGCGCGGAGGAGGGCAACGGCGAGGCCGCGGACGGCCUCGGGGAGCUCCCCGGCGCCGGCAUGGGCAUGCCCUUUGUCAGCCACGGGCGACAGCGCAGCGUGCCGAAGCUCGGGCGGUACGUGUCGGGCAUGAUCGACCGGCACCUGGACCUCGACGACGUCGAGAACCUGAUGCCGUACGGCACGAGCAACGACUCGGGAUCCCGGCGGAGCUUCGACACUGACCAGACGAGCCAACCUGGGUCCGCCGGGCCGGCCGUCAUCAAGCGCGCGCGCUCGGGGUCGCUCGGGAUGGACGCCGCCGCGCCGCGCCCGACGCGUCUCAAGCGCCACCUUUCCGAGAAGAUGGACAUCCCCCCGGGCGUUGCCGAGGAGGGUGGGUCGCUGCGCUCCGCGGCGGACGGCGGCGCGGCGCGGGCGUCGAACGGGUUCUCGCCGCCGGGCUCGCCGCGGCGCAUGAGCGGUGCGCCGUCGAUGCCGGCGCCCCCGCGGCCGCUCGAGAUCGACACGGGCGCGGGCAACGGCAACCUGUCGUCGGCGCGCAGCGUGGGGCACCACCGCACCGGCUCGACGAUGUCGAGCAUCACGACGCCGCGGAUGUUCUACGGCGACAAGACGCAGCGGCGCGACCUCGAGGAGCUCAUGGAGCGCGCGGCGCUCACCGCGGAGUCGCUCGGUAAUGCCGUGCGCGAAUCCGAGGGUUGGCAGAUCCUGGCUCGCAAGGGCCCCGGAGACGUGGUCGGCGAGAUGGCCGUGAUCAACCAGAGCAUUCGGACGGCGUCCCUGCGCGCGGCGACGGACGUCGUGGCGCUCGAGGUGAACAAGUCGGCACUGCGCGCCGUGGCGGAGGCGCACCCGCGGCUGCAGCACGAGCUGAAGCGGCUGGUGGCGGAGCGCACGGCGACGCGGCGCAUGGCGGAGGCGUUCGAGCAGCUGGCGGGGCUGCGCCGGCCGAAGACGGCGGCCUCGAAUCGGUCGUCGAUGGGCGGGCACAGCGCGUCGUCGCUGGCGACCACUGCGGGCACGCGGUCGCGCGCGGGGUUCAGCCGCGUGGGGUCGCACGUGACGUCGAUGACGACGGGGGGCUCCAUGUCGGCGGCGCCUGACGAGUUCGAUUCCGAGGAGGAAGAUGACCGCGAAGAGAAGGAAUGA